AUGAGUCCAAAUUGUUGUGAAACAUCUUCAUCCAAGACGACAUCGACUGGUAGUGGUAAUAUCUCUUCGUCAACUCUUUCGUCGUCACCGUCAACAAUAUUGUAUCCACUAGCACAAGCUAAUCAUCACAUAACAUGUGUCAUUAUCGAUGAUAGUCAAAUUGGAAAAUCAAGUCUAGUUGUCUCUUAUACAACAAAUGAUUUUCCAUCUACCUAUAUACCAACAGCAUUCGAUAAUUAUUCGGUAGAUAUUUCAGUGGGAAAUAGAUUAGUCCAUUUUGAUACAUGUGAUACAGGAGGAAAGGAGCCAUUUUCAUCAUUACACGAUUUAUGUAUUCCAUAUUCUGCUAUUAUAUUACUUUGUUUUUCUGUUGUUCAACCACAAUCAUUUCAAAAUGCUAUUACCUAUUGGUUAUCACGUGCACGUCGAUCAAAUUCAAAGACAUCCGUUAUUCUUGUUGGAACACAAAGUGAUCUUGUUCAUGAUUUAAAAACUCUUUUAAAACUUGAUCAAUUGAAACAAAAACCUAUUACGGAAAAAGAAGCUCGUGGACGUGCGCAACAAAUGGAUGCUACAACAUAUAUGGAAUGUUCAGCUUUAACACAAAAAAAUUUAAAAACUAUAUUUGAUACUGCUGUUUUAGCAGCUAUCGAUUAUCACAAUUCAAAUUCAGAGGAUUUUAGGUUUCAAAAGUUAAAACUUAAAAAUCUUUAA